AUGUCUGACGAUGACACCUUCAGUAAGGAUCCCUUUGACAAAGGCUUAUCCACUCGGAGGCUCGUCAUUUUUGGUUCCAUUUUCUCCAUUCUUGCUGGCCUUGGUUUUAUCGCUGGUGGUGUUUACAUAUGGAUCUUCACAUUAUCGAGUCCAAACCACGUUCAUGGUCUACUGUACUUCAAGUGCCACGUCCCCUAUGAGGUACCCGGCCUAGCACUGAAUCUGAUUGUAACUGUAUGCACAGAGUGUGCUGGGGUAGUGCACUCCAUGACCUUGCGAUUCGUAUUAUUUCAAGAACGUCGUGCCACGUACAACUUGAAUCUGCGUCUUCUGACUGGAUCUGACGAAAAACCUAUGAACUCUGUCAUCAUCAGCGGGCUAAUGGCGCUCUUGCUUAUCAUUUCAUACGCGUCCAGCUCUUUCUUCUAUCAAGACUUGGGUCAGUAUAUCUGGUCCGAUGAGGCAUGUGGGGUAUUGGCAAUUCUGGCCAUCGUCCUCGGCAUCUCCAUUUUUCUCCAGACAUGCAUCUCGCUCUUUGCACUACGGGAUAUAGAGAUCCCGACCUGGAGCACUUCCCCUCUCGAUACCAUACCAGCACUUCGCCAUAUCCAUCGUCCGCAAUGUUUGAAGAAACAUUACCUAUUUGCAGACCCCUGCACGUGUGUUGGUACCCCUCCAGAUGCAAUAAAACCUAUACACCCCCAGCCAUCUGCGUGGAAUACUCGCAAAGGAGUGAGAAUGGCAAUUCAUUUUUUAUGGGGUUUAGGCAUCACAUGUAUGUUCUGGGGCCUCUGGGUCUACCUAAUUCUCCCAGAAGGUUCGAAUCGUUCAUGGGCGUUCUUGCCGGGCCCAAAUAAUUACAGGGAAGACGCCAUUAAUGGUGACUACUGGGUGAACCUACAUGGAAUUACGUUUGCAACAUGGCUCUCGCUGUACGCGCUCAUGGUGAUCACCCAAGGCGGCCUUACUCUUGGGCUCCACUGCGCAGAGCUUGUUGCAGGUGUAGUACGAGAUGAGACAGUAUGGAGAAGAAGAAAUGAAGGAUCGAACAGCGGAAUGAACUCUUCUUUCAGCUCUCAGUUUCGUGCGUUUGGGCUACGCAACUGGCUGUACAUCGUGCUGUUCUGUGCCAAGCCAAUCCUUCAUUGGUUAUUUGGUCUCGCAGUUGAGAUAUACAUCUACCAAGACGUCACUGUUACAGAUGUGUUAGAUGGAUACACUGCUGGAAUUAACUUCUACUUUGCCCAGAUAUUUUAUUUAGGGUUCAGUCUCUUCAUCACUGCCAUUAUUUUCACAUUAGCAGCUUGCCACCAUCCAAAGGGAGCUCAGCUGGCUACAUACAGACACAUUAAGACACUCCUGGACCUGGAUGACCGAGAGGAAGCACAGUCUUGUGGUAUGGUGGACCUUGUCAUUGAUGGUCCAGGGACGAGCAGGGAGUCACUUCUGGCGGGAAAUGGUUUGCUAGACGCAAAAGCACAUGCAAGGAACACCUCAUUUGUGACAGACAUCACAGAAUCCCAGGAUCCCAGAGCCACAGACUUACAGAUUCUCACAGUGUGCUACAGACUCACAGAAUCCACAGAAUAA